AUGUCGAUACAGCCUGAAUCACAUUCACCCCACAUAUUUGGCCUCUGGAGUGCGAUCGGUCUAGGGUGGCUGACUCUCAAUGUCUUUGGGACCCUUUCAUUUAUCAUCGUUGUCGGGCUACCAGCCGGCGGUGUCCCGGUGAUACUUUAUGGAUUCAUCGGCUCCAAUCUCGCGGUGAUCUGCAUGGUGAUGACCUUCGCCCAGUGUGCAUCAAGGUUCUCUACUGCAGGCGGCGCCUAUCACUACGCAUGCUUUCUGAUCCCUCCCCAAUACCGCCGUCAGAUAGCGUAUCCUCUCGGCUGGUUGAACUAUCUCGGCUGGAUUUUCACCCAUGCGGGCGCGUGCGCAAUUGUUGCUACCUUGACGCUAGGGUUAAUCAAAUUGUGCAACCCGGAGAUUGAUGUAUCGCCUCGCUGGAAGCUCUUCGUCGUCUACAUCUCCAUCAACACCUUAUGCUGGCUGUUCAAUCUCGUGGCUGUCCGCGGUAUUCCGACGAUGGAACUCCUGGGCUGCUAUGCGACAGCCUUUGGAUUUGUGGCUUAUACCAUCGCUCUACUGGUCAAGGCUCCCAAGGCUGAUUCGAAAUCGGUGUUUGUUCAGGUCAACGAUGAAACGGGAUUCCAGUCGCAUGGCUUCGCGAUUCUGCUCGGGCUGGUCAAUAGCUUCGGAACCAUGAUGGGGUUGGAUGGGCCAGCUCAUCUCGCAGAGGAACUGCCCCGGGCGAAAAUCCUACUCCCGCGAAUAAUGAUGAUUGUCAUUCUUUCUCAGUUCGUCGUCGGGCUGGUGUGGAUCAUCGUCUUGGGCUUCUCUAUUACUGACGUGUCCGCUAUCACAAGUAGCGCCACACGAGUGCCUGUGCUGGAAAUUAUCCGACUCGGAACAGGAAGUAAUGCAGCCGCCAUCGCGUUUUGUCUGAUUUUGAUUAUCAACAAUGCUACCUCGGCUCUAGGCAGUGCAGUGACCAUGAGUCGACAGGGCUAUGCGUUCGCUCGAGACGGUGGCUUAUUUUGGAAUGCUCAGCUCACAAAACGCUCAUCGAAUUCCAAUCUGCCAUUUUGGUCGAUUACCCUGCCGUCCCUGGUUUGCGCUCUUGUCGGAUUGAUCUAUCUCUUUUCCAGCUCCGCCUACAACGCCUUCGUCGGGUCGCAAGUUACGUGUAUGAUCAUCAGCUUCGGCUCUCCGGCCCUGAUUCUUCUUAUCACCGGAGGCCAACUAUUGCCCGCAUGUGAUCGAUGGAACUUUGGGGUCUGGUCCACCCCGAUCUACCUCAUUUCGGUGCUACACGGCUCUGGUGAUGGGCUGCUUGGCAUUCGCAAUGGCACUUGCGUGGGUGUUGGAAGGGCACAGAUCAUUUUCGCCUCCGUCAAAUGA